AUGGCACCUUCCUUCGUCUGCCUUGUGGCCCUGGUGGCGGCGGCGGCAGCCUAUGCACCUCCGGAGCCGGCCGCCUAUGCGCCUCCGGAGCCGGCGCGCUGCUACUCGGAGCACCUGAGCAAACACUUUAACGUCGGCGACAAGUGGACCGAGGCCGGCUGCCAGCAGGCCGAGUGCGUCGACGGCCAGGCCAGCCUGACGCAGUGCGCGCCGGUGGCCACGGCCGACGCCAGCCUGCCGUCGGCCCGCUGUCGACAGGUGGCCGGCGCCGUCGACGGCCAGUACCCGGCCUGCUGUCCGACGGCCGUCUGCGACCAGUGCUACUCGCAGGAGCUGGACACCGUCUUUGACGACGGCGCCGUCUGGACCGAGGCCGGCUGCACCCAGGUGACCUGCGACAAGGGAAGGGUGGCCUCCGUGACGUGCCCGCUGGUCAAGCUGGCGGCCGGCUGUCGGCUGGAAGAGGGCGACGCGACCGGCGCCUACCCGAGCUGCUGUCCGCAGCCGGUCUGCCCGCGGCCCGACCAGUGCUACUCGGCCGAGCUGGACCAGGUGUUUGACGACGGCGCCGUCUGGACCGAGUCCGACUGCACCCAGGUCACGUGCCAGGCCGGUGAGGCGGUGCGCGUGCCGUGCGCCGCGGUGGCCGCCGAGCCGGGCUGCGAGGUGCGUGAGGGCACCGCUGGUGGUCAGUACCCGACCUGCUGUCCGCAGUCGUACUGUCCCACCACCACGGCCCCGCCGCCGCCGCCGCCGGCCAAGUACUACUAA